CGGAGGACAGUUUGCAGCGGCAAAUCAGUCGAAUCGGGAGCGUGGCGAUGUUCGUUUUGCGGCAGUUAUCGUUGCGGCCGGAGUGGCAGUUGCCAGUUGCUUGAAACAGGAGCUGCCAACUGAAUGUGUGAUUUCUGCGAAGUGCAAUCCAUCACAAAACAAACAACAACAACAACGACAGAGAGUGCUUACAAUUGCCUAAAAGGCCAGAGGACAACAAAAUAGAAUAGUUGCCAAAUAUAUUCCAUGAGAAGUGGCUAAAACAAUAAGCACCGGGCGCUUUAAAACUCCCCUCUGUCCCUCCCUGCCCCUCUCUAACUCUCGCUAUCUCUCUCGGAAAACACAAACUAUGAAGCAAAACUGUGGCAGCAUCAGCAACAUCAUCAACAACAGCAGCAGGUCCACUCUUUGGGCCAUCAGCAAGAGCAACACAGCCCACAAUGUUCCAUGGCUAAUACAAAAGUAACAAACAACAAAUUGCCAGCAACAACUAAGCCAAAAGUUCGCCAAAGCAUUUGAUGCUAAAACAACAACCACAGCAGCAGCAGCAGCAGCAUCAACAGCAGCAGCAGUGGCAACACUUUUACGAGUCGCCAACUACAUUUUUACAACGAAUUUUUGUUAUUGCACAAGGCUUGAGGGAGUGGUCUGAUAGGAAUCAGCUCAUCUUCUAGUAUGCCAUGGCAGCGGCAGCAGCCACAUCGUCGCUGGAGGAUCGAGCAAGACCCCACGACAUAGCCAGCGACAACAGCGCCCAGCAUCGCACGCUGGCGACGAAGGUGCGCCGAAAAGAGUCGCGACCCCUGCGCCGCCUGCAUCCGCCCAUACCGCUGGGGCAGCUCCUGUGGCUGCUGUGCUGCCUGAGCCAGCUGCGCGCCGAGUGCCCCUCUGUAUGCGAGUGCAAGUGGAAGAGCGGCAAGGAGUCCGUCUUGUGCCUUAAUGCCAACCUCACACAUAUCCCCGAGCCGCUCGACGCCGGCACACAGCUGCUCGACCUCAGUGGCAACGACAUUCAGUCCAUUCCCGAUGACAGCUUCGCCGCUGCACAGCUGCUCAACCUCCAGAAGGUCUACCUGGCCCGCUGCCGCCUGAAGCUCAUUGAGCGGCACGCUUUCCGCAAGCUCAUUAACCUUGUGGAGCUGGAUCUGAGUCACAACCAGCUGGGGGCGAUCCCCUCGCUGGCCCUCUACCACGUAUCGGAGCUGAGGGAGCUGCGGCUGAGCGGAAACCCCAUCCUGCGUGUCCCCGACGACGCCUUCGCACACGUGCCGCAGCUGGUGCGCCUGGAGAUGAGCGACUGCCGCCUGGUCUUCAUUGCGGUGCGAGCUUUUGCCGGUCUAGAGAGCACCCUCGAGUGGCUGAAGCUGGAUGGCAAUCGGUUGAGCGAGGUGAGGAGCGGCACCAUCACCUCUCUGUCCUCGCUGCACGGCCUGGAGUUGGCCGGCAACGAGUGGAACUGCAGCUGCGCCCUUCGUCCGCUUAGGGCCUGGAUGCUGCAGCAAAACAUACCGAGCGGGAUUCCACCCACCUGCGAGUCUCCCCCCCGACUGACUGGCCGCGCCUGGGACAAGCUGGACGUGGACGACUUUGCCUGCGUGCCGCAGAUCGUGGCCACAGACACGACGGCGCACGGCGUGGAGGGGCGCAAUGUCACGAUGAGCUGCUACGUGGAAGGAGUGCCCCAGCCGGCUGUGAGGUGGCUGCUCAAGAAUCGUCUCAUAGCGAACCUCAGCGCGGGCGGCGAAGACUCCGAUGAGCCUCGCACUGCGGCGGCCACACAGGGCCGCAAGACCUACGUCGUCAAUAUGCUGCGGAAUGCCUCGAACCUGACGAUACUCACAGCGGAUAUGCAGGAUGCUGGAAUCUACACGUGUGCGGCAGAGAACAAGGCCGGCAAGGUGGAGGCCAGCGUGACUCUGGCCGUAUCUAGGCGUCCCCCGGAAGCUCCGUGGGGUGUACGGAUUGUUCUGUUGGGCGUAGUGGCCGCCCUGCUGUUUGUGGUUGGCUCCUCGUUCGCGGCCAUCUGUCUGUGCUCCCUGAGGAGGCGCCGGAAACUGCGGCUCUGGAACUCCGUGCCACCCGUAAGACGCAGCGAGAGUUAUGAGAAGAUCGAAAUGACGGCCCGAGUGCGGCCGGACCUGGGCGGAGGAGCCAGCUGCGGCGGCGGCAGUGCCAAUGGUGGCGGGCUCUUCCACGAUGCCGAGGAGCACGGCUAUCUCCGAGCCGCCCACACACCCCUCAACGACAACGAUGCGGGCCAGGCGGCCAUUGUGAAUCCCAGUGCGGGUAGUGCCCAGCGCCGCAAUGGCGAUUAUCUACAUGUGUCCACGCACUGCGACGACGACGAGGAAGACCACCAGCAGCAGCAGCAGCAGCAGCAGCCAUCGCGAAAGACUUCUAUGGGAGGCGAGUCGACAAAGCGACAGGCAGGCAAUGUUGUCUCCGCAUCCGCAUCCACAUGCACAUCCGCUGCGAAUAAUUCAGUGGCUGUGGCGCUGGAGGAAACGGAUCUGCACAUCCCGCGCCUGAUUGACAUCGGCGGCACUGAUUCUGCAUCCAGCUCCAUCUCCAGUCAAGUGGAUGCCGCUGCUCGUCUGGCUGGCUAUGGCGGGCAUGCUGUGGCGUGGAAGACGACGCCCAUAGCCACCACCAAGAUCACUUCGCCGCACAGUAAGCCCACAGCGAUAAGUAUGCCAAACCAACCCAAUCAGGGUGCAACUAGCGCGGCCACGCCCUACUCCCGCUACGGCAAUCACCCGGCAGAUGAGAUGGCCACGUCCGUAUUUUGCAGCAGCAACGGGGAUGGGCCGGAUAACGAUCUUUUCGACAGCAACUAUCCGGAUCUGCUGGACAUAGCCAAGUAUGCGGUGGCUCAGGCCCAUCAGCAGCACCAGCAGCACCAGCAGCAGCAAGGCCACGGAUAUACACAGGGGAUGGCAGCGCCCAAUGGGGGGCUGUGCACGCUGCCCCGGAAGCUAAAGACGAGCGGCAAGUACUUUCGAAACUCUUCGGACAGUCAGUCGCCGCUGCUGGCGGAUAACUCCAGCAAGUAUGGCAGCAGUACCCUGGGAGAUGGAAGCUUUCUCAACGAGGCCAUGGGCCUGGGAAGGCGCUACUCUGCGGAGUCCAGCUACGCCAACUAUUCCAGCACCACAACCUACACCGGCGGUGGCCAGAGGGCCAACAGUUUCCUCAAUCUGGUCCAGAGCGGAGCGCACAAGGGCGGGCCCCACAGCAUCGGGCACAAGCCCAGUCUGCCAUCCAGUCCGGUGCAGCAUCAGCGCUCCUUGAGCAGUGCGGCCACGCCGCUGCUGGACUUCUCGGCACUGGCCAACAGAGCUGCGGGAGCAGCCAACUCCUCGGUGGCCGCCUACGACUAUCACGCAGCGCAGCUCGAGCGGUUCCUUGAGGAGUACCGCAACCUGCAGGAUCAGCUGUGCAAGAUGAAGGAGACCUGCGACACCAUCCGCAAGAAGGAGACGCCCCUGAGGGUGGCCAUUGGCCAGUCGGCCGCCCAGCUGGCCGAUCCAGUGAUGUACAGCGCCGCCUCGCACAGCCCCAAGGCGCCGGCAGCCACCAACCUGAAGACGAAGACUCUGCUGCCAGGCCAGCCGCCAGAUCCGCCGCCCUACUGGCUGCACCGCAAUGCCAUGCUCAAGCGACUGAACGGCGAUGGCAAUGGGAGUACGAGUGCGACUGGCGUUGGUCCCUCCUCUCCCCAGCCUGGACAGGAUAUUUUCAAGAGCUAAUCGAACCCGUGUACAGAUGGAUGGAUAAAUGAAGAUCAUCCUGGAAGAUGUUGAGAGUCUUUGGCUGGCCAGAGAGGGCAUGAUCCUGCAGUUAUAUGCGAUAAGCCUAGCCUGCAAGGUCAUGCCAUCACUCUGAUUGCAUUUGUCUGCAUAGGUAGUAAGGAUUAGGUAGCUGGAGGACGGACAGUCAACUGGCUCCAUGGCCAGCCCCCUCUGUUGUAUUAUAGACACACUUUUCCACUCUUUAUACUCGCUAAUACGCAAUAUUAAACGGAUUCCCCGGAAGCAAGGGGAAGGCAGACAAUGUAAGUGUAUAGUAUCAAACCCUUAGAAAGAAAAAACACAAUCUCGAAAACUCUUAACGGAACCCUAACCCUAAAACGCUCUCGUGUUAGUCUAACUAAAAGUGUUUUUGUACUUUAAGCGAUCUCAAUAUAGAAGAAGGAUAAUCUAGUUGACCUUGUAAUAUUGUAAGUUCAUUUGCGUUGGCACAGACUGCAGGAAUUAAUCGAUUGAUUGAUGUACUUAAUGUAUUGUUUGAUUGUUAGAUGGUUUUAUUUUUAGGUACAGCAAAAACCAACUUCAAGUUAGACAUUAAACUGAAAUUGUAAGCCAAUUAAAUCGACAAACGAAAACUCUACACACUAAAUUCAGUCUAAUGAAGAAAAUUGU